AUGGCUGAGUUGGCCAAGAGUGCGGUAUUAGUGUCAUCGUGUACUGAUGACCUGUUGGGUGACGCAAAACAAGUUGUUGUGGGGCCAAAUCAAGAGGAUCUGCACUCAGCAGAAGCCGUUCUUAAUCGCUAUUCAACCGUGGGGUUUCAGGCCUCAAAUUUAGCCCGUGCUUUUUCUAUAUGUGAAAUGAUGCUGACACCCCAAUCUCCAUCCCCAUCGUUGAUGCCCACUGAAGGGGACCAAGCAUCUGAGUCACCAGUGAUGGUGCAACCGACAUUAUUUGUUGGGGUCACUGCCAACCUCUUCGGGACUGGUUGCCGUGAGGCAAUUCGAUUUCUAUGCACGGAGUGCGUUCCAUUACCGAAUGGAGUAGAACCCGCAACACCACUGGACGACAUGGCUGGAAUAUCAUGCGAUGGGACGGGUGCACUGAAACCCUCGCCAUGCGACUCGAGGGCGCUCAUUCACGUUCUUGUGGUGAGUGGCGGUGCGAUGGAACAUGACAUACGCCGUGCGUGUGAGUCGUACAAAUUAUCACGAGAUGGGGCAGAGGAAGAAGGGGAGCAAUUCCACCAUCCGGUGGAACGUGACCGCUCCCGCAGCAAGGGGACUGACUGUCAUUUUGGAAAUGUUCGUUACAACAGUAGUGGGGUGGCGUCACGCAACCUUUUUUCAUGCGUUAUGCGCUGUCUUGUGAAGCGACUUGCGGAAGCGCAACGAAAGGAAAAGGCAAACCGCGAAGCUGCUCCAAUUCCCGAAGCCUAUUACGAUGUAUGCUCGUGGGCCAUAACCCCAAGCACACUUUGGUACAUGGCUGGUCUGUGGAUGGCUGAUAUAUUUACAGAGGCCCUGCAGGAAACUGGCGAGGUUACUGACGAGAAGGUGGCCAGCGAAGAGGGACUGAAACGUGCGAAGAGUACCGUCCUCUACUGGGCUGCACGGAAUGGUGUUCCAAUUUUCUCACCCUCUCUUACCGACGGUGACAUUAUGGAGUUCAUUCUCACCGCAGGGGACACUGGUGUGCCUUUACUGCAAUUAGACUUGGUUGCAGAUAUUCACCGUCUUAACAGGCUUGCGAUGCGAAGUCGACGCACGGGAAUGAUGAUAUUAGGCGGUGGCGUUGUGAAGCACCACGUCUGCAACGCAAAUCUGAUGCGCAACGGGGCUGAUUAUGCAGUGUUUUUGAAUAAUGCGCAAGAGUUUGACGGCAGCGACGCCGGGGCUCGCCCUGGUGAAGCAGUUUCUUGGGGCAAGUUAAGGUUGGACUCCACCGCAGUGAAAGUGUACUCGGAGGUGACAAUUGUGUUUCCGUUGAUUGUUGUUCAUGUAUUUGUGGCGUGGGUCCGAAUGAUGCGGAGUAAAGGAAAGGAGAAUAUCCGCUCGUGA